AUGGCCGAUGGAUUGCUAUUGAUACUCUUCCUAGUAUCAUAUUUGUUCGUCUCAGGAGUAAGUUCAAGGAACUUUACCAUAGAGAACAACUGCAAUCACACCGUCUGGCCCGCAAUCCGAUCCACCGGCUCAAGUCCGCUCUCCACCACCGGCUUCAGUCUCAAGAGAGGAGAGGCGCGUGUCAUCGAGGCGCCCUCCGGAUGGACUGGCCGUUUCUGGGGUAGGACAUUCUGCUCCGAAAACUCAACCGGGGGUCUCUCCUGCGCCACCGGAGACUGCGACUCCAGGAAAGUAAAGUGUUCAGGAUUUGGAAAGCCUCCCGUGACUCUAGCCGAGUUUUCUCUCGACGUCAGGGGUGGUCCAGACUACUACGACGUGUCACUGGUCGACGGCUAUAACCUUCCGAUUGUUAUUGCUCCACAGGGUGAUAAGACGUGCAGUACAGUCGGAUGCGUUAACGAUUUGAAGACGAUGUGUCCAAACGAGCUGAGGGUGAAAGGUAACACCAGCAAGAUGCAGCCAAUUAUCGCAUGCAUGAGCGCGUGUCAGACGUUUAGAUUGCCGAAGUAUUGCUGUGGCACUUAUUCUGCAACGGAAAAAUGCCCGCCGACGACGUAUUCGCCGGUAUUCAAGAGGGCGUGCCCACGCGCUUAUAGCUACGCCUACGACGACUAUUCUAGUAGCCUCUUCACAUGCCGAAAUCAACCUAGCUACGUUAUCACCUUUUGCCCGUCGACUACUUUCAGCACCACCAAUAUCUCAGUGGCUCAGUCUCCACUUCCAGUUGCUCAGCCUCCAUAUAUAUUUCCAGUGGCUCCGUCUCCAUUUCCAGUUGUUCACCCUCCAUUUCCAGCUCAAAAAAACAAUGGAACUCUUGAACCUCCCUCAGAGUCUCAACCCACAAAGGAAGCUACUACAGAACAGAAAAAAAAAUCAUCUUGGAAAUUAAAACUCAUACUCGGAAUCUCAGCAUCAUUGUUUGUGAUGAUCAUUCUCAUGGUCGCGGUGAUAGUUAGGGCAAAGAAGGCGAGAAAGAGUGAUUGGAAUGGCAAAAAUGACGAAACUGUGGUAAUGUUGAAACAAUAUAGUUACAAAAAAGUCAAGAAGAUGACAAACUCAUUUGCGCAUGUUCUGGGGAAAGGAGGAUUUGGAACUGUCUACAAAGGCAAGUUACCAGAAGAAGGCCGAGAUAUUGCAGUAAAGAUCUUGAAGGAGUCAGAAGGGAACGGAGAAGAGUUCGUCAAUGAAGUAGCUAGCAUGAGUAGAACAUCUCAUGUUAAUAUUGUUUCUCUUCUUGGAUUCUGUUACGAGGGGAAGAAGAGAGCUAUAAUCUAUGAGUUCAUGCCGAAUGGAUCCUUGGACAAGUUUAUCUCCGAGAAUAUGUCAGCGAAGAUGGAAUGGGAAACGUUAUAUGACAUUGCUUUGGGUAUCUCUCGUGGUCUAGAGUAUUUGCACAAUCGUUGUGUAUCGAGGAUUGUACAUUUCGAUAUAAAGCCGCAGAACAUACUCAUGGACAAAAAUCUUUGCCCUAAGAUUUCGGAUUUCGGUCUUGCUAGGCUCUGUAAAAACAAUGAGAGCAUAAUGUCAAUGCUGGAUGCAAGAGGAACGGCAGGAUAUACUGCCCCUGAAGUGUUUUCUACGAAUUUUGGAGGAGUUUCACAUAAAUCAGAUGUGUAUAGUUAUGGGAUGGUGGUUCUUGAGAUGAUUGGAGCGAGGAACAGAGAGAAGUUUGAAAAUUCCGGAUCCAACAAUAGUUCAAUGUACUUUCCAGAUUGGAUCUAUAAGGAUUUUGAGAGGGGAGAAAUCAUGAGGAUUUUCGGAGAUGAGAUAGCCGAAGAAGAAGAGAAAAACAUUGCAAAGAAAAUGGUUUUGGUUGGUCUUUGGUGUAUUCAAACCAAUCCAUCUCAUCGUCCAACAAUGGUAAAAGUCAUUGAAAUGUUAGAGGGGAGUGUAGAGGCUAUACAGGUUCCACCUAAACCAAUCUGGUGUUUACCCACAUCAACAGUUCCUGAAACUGUUGAAGAGAGUGAUGAGACUUCAAGCUUCUCUAUCCCAAGCCAGUUUGAGAGUGGGACUCUCUCUUGUGAAGAUACUUUCCGCUUUUCCAAAGAAGCGGUUCACCAAACUCUUGAAGACAGCCAACAACAUAGUUCAACUUCCUCGUAA